AUUCUUCAAAAAUUUCUCAAGUGACACAACCUUAAAAUUUCCAUCUGUUGUGUCAAUAUUAAUGAUUUGAAUAAUAAACAACGUAAAGUUCAUUGGAGUUUCUGCGACCACCAAGAGCCAGCAGAAGUUAUAUGCAUGGAACUAACUGACAGUACGGUAAAUGGUGUUGCACCAUAUACUCCCUCAACUCCGUCUCAAACAACAACAGCAGCCGCAGCAACAGCAGCAGCAGUUAGCAGCUGUCCUCCUGCCACUUCCAUGCCUUCUACUAUGCUUAAUAGAUCAGAAUCCUUAAUCUCCAGAACUUCUCAGAUAUCAACGAUAACCUCCAUCAAAGAAAGUCGUGAGAGUCUAGAGAAUCUAAGUGAUGUCUCUUUAUCCGCCUCAUCUUCCUCUUCUUCGACACUAUCACAACCCUUUAAAAAUCAUUUAGCCCUUAAAACCAAUGAUACCAUCAUCAAUACGGAUUUAAUCGACAAUAAAGCUUCACGUAAUAGACGUUAUUCUUAUCAUCCCUCUUUGGAGGCUUCUGGUGGUAAUACACCUGAACCAACAACGCCUACGGAAUUAGCAUUGUUAUCGAAAUCCUGUUCUUCCUCACAAAUUCCUCAAUUUCGUCGUAAUACCAGUAGGCAAAGUUUACAUUCUUUGCAAUAUCAUCAUUAUUAUCCUCAUCAUUAUCACCAGCACCAUCAUCACAAUCAAAACAAUCAACAACAGCAGCUGCAACAACUACAGCUACAACAGCAGCAACUACAACAACCGCUUCAACAGCAACAAACAGGUCAUCGACGACGUAGUAGUUUAUGGCCAGAAGCUUUGCUGAUAAACACACGCACUUUAUCUAUUGAAAAUGAGCUACAACAGCGUACAUCACCAGCGCUCCGCAAACCAGCAUCCACUCUCUCAAUUCCUGGCUCGAUGAAAACACCUUCCAUUGCGAAUCGGGAACAGAUCUCAUCAGGAUGCAACGAAGAAGCAGCAGAGGCGUUAGUUGGCAUAAACACCGACUACCCAAGGUAUGAAAUGUAUAUGGAGGAACGUGCUUUAACUGGCGGUAAUACAUCCCGGAAGCCCUCAACAAACUCCGCUAAACACAAACCCAAUGUCGGUUAUCGACUAGGGAAACGUAAAGCUUUAUUUGAAAAGCGUAAGCGCAUUAGUGAUUACGCUCUAGUCAUGGGCAUGUUUGGUAUUGUUGUGAUGGUUAUCGAGAAUGAAUUAAGCAGCGCUGGGGUAUAUACAAAGGCAUCCUUUUAUUCCACAGCGCUUAAAACAUUAAUAUCGGUUUCGACUGUGAUUCUUUUAGGUCUUAUUAUAGCUUAUCAUGCUUUGGAAGUGCAGGUGAGAUUAUUUAUGAUUGAUAAUUGUGCUGACGAUUGGCGGAUCGCGAUGACAUGGCAACGAAUUAGUCAAAUAAGUUUAGAACUUUUUAUAUGUGCAAUACAUCCAAUACCUGGUGAAUAUUAUUUUCAAUGGACUACGAAAUUGGCGAAUAAAAAUAAAACAAUGGGCACCGAAAUGGUGCCAUACGAUGUAGCUUUAUCAUUACCCAUGUUCCUUCGUUUAUAUUUAAUAUGUCGUGUAAUGCUUUUACAUUCAAAACUAUUUACGGAUGCCUCAUCAAGGAGCAUAGGUGCUCUUAAUAGGAUAAAUUUUAAUACCAGAUUUGUUCUAAAAACAUUAAUGACAAUAUGUCCGGGUACGGUGUUACUAGUAUUUAUGGUGUCUUUAUGGAUUAUAGCAUCAUGGACGUUGCGGCAGUGCGAAAGAUUUCAUGAUGAAGAACAUGCAAAUCUUUUGAAUGCAAUGUGGCUGAUAGCAAUAACAUUUCUCAGUGUUGGUUUUGGUGAUAUUGUUCCAAAUACGUAUUGUGGACGUGGUAUCGCUGUUAGUACAGGAAUAAUGGGCGCCGGUUGUACGGCUCUACUGGUAGCGGUUGUCUCCAGAAAACUGGAAUUGACAAGAGCGGAAAAACAUGUGCACAAUUUUAUGAUGGACACACAGUUAACAAAAAGGCUGAAAAAUGCUGCGGCGAAUGUUCUUCGUGAAACUUGGCUCAUUUACAAACAUACAAGACUAGUAAAACGGGUUAAUCCCGGACGUGUAAGAACCCACCAAAGAAAGUUCCUUCUAGCAAUUUAUGCGUUACGAAAAGUUAAAAUGGAUCAGCGUAAACUGAUGGAUAAUGCCAAUACGAUAACAGAUAUGGCCAAGACACAAAAUACAGUGUAUGAAAUAAUAUCAGACAUGUCAAGUAGACAAGAUGCCAUAGAGGAACGUUUAACAAAUUUAGAAGAUAAAUUACAAGCUCUACAAGAUCAUAUGGAGAGUCUGCCAGAUAUAAUAACACGUUGUCUGAGUCAACAUCAAGAGCGGGUAGAACAACGAAAAAACUUUUUACAUCCAGAUACGGCAGCGCAAGCGUUGCAACCGCCACACACACCAACACCCAUGUUCAAUACACCAUCAAUGCAAUUUCCACACUCAAGACCAAACUGCUUUUUGCAUAGAAGUGUUCCCUCAUCCAAUAAUGUUGCUGCUACUACAUACCAUUGGCCAACAAGUCCUAUAUUGCCACCUAUUUCAAGUAGAACACCACAUUUAGUGCCUGACACUCAUCUAAUGUCAUCUAAUGGAUCUAAUGCAGUUAAUAAUUACACAUCUUCCAAUAAGUAUGGCAGCUGAAUAAUAGAAGAUAACCGCUCCUUCUCCUCCGCCAUGAACAUCAUGAACACAGCCGCCAUUGCCAGCACGACAAACACCACGACCAUGAUCACCAGUAAAAGCAACAGCAUUAGUAAAUAUGACACUAGUAACACCAUUAACGCCAUGACCUCCACCACCAACAACACCAGCAAGAACAAUGUCAAUCGUAGAUCCUCAGCGACGGCCAUAGUGGACA